AUGUCCACCAAGCUUUGCUCGCCUUGUCGGCAGGCAUUUACCAAUCCAAAAGCGCCUAAAACUUUACCAAUUGACAUUUGUUAUUAUCCGUUUCACGAGGGACCAUGGAAAGUCUUCCAAGAGCAGUCGGAUAUAUCACAUAAUGACACCGAGGCUGUCGCUGCAUGUGACUUUUGUGCAUUCGCAGUCGCCUAUGCUGCUUCAGACAAAGCCCUUGGAGAAUACUCAAUCGGCUCCUUUGCUGACUUUGAUACAACGUUGCCUCUUCACAAACAGGGCGAGCCUAUGUUGGCUUUCUGGGAGCGCAUCUCGUACCGAUUUGAAGACUUGUUCUCCAAAGGUCUUGGGCUCCGAAGACAGCUAGUUGAUAGCCUCAGCCAAAUUGAUAUGCGGUUCUUCCAAGCUGAAGAUCCUCGCAUGCAAUGUCACAAACCGAUCGACAAAUCGUCAAAAAGCACAUCCAGCGAGUUCAGUUUCAACUGUUUGUCAGCUUGGAUCCAAAAUUGUUCAGAGAAUCAUAUGUCAUGCCAAAAACUACACACGCGAAACAUUCCGCUAAAGAAUUGGCUCCCAGCUCGGCUUGUCAAGAUUAUCCUGAACGCCCAGAGCACACCAGAGACUGUACGAAUCAUAGAAACUGACAAAGUUGAUUUCGAGUCUUCCCACAUUCAGUAUGCUACUUUGAGCUACUGCUGGGGCAAGAAGCCCCUCACAAAGCUUCUCAGAUCUAAUUUCGAUACCAUGACAACUAGUGGAAUGUCAGUUCACGACCUUCCCUUGACAUUUCGCGAUGCCGUCACUGCCACAAAUUGCCUUGGUCUAGAGUAUAUCUGGAUAGACGCUCUCUGUAUUAUUCAACAAGAUUUAGAAGACUGGGUAUCACAGUCAACUACAAUGGCAAAAGUCUACACAUAUUCCACAAUCACUCUCGCAGCGGCAGCCUCGUCAAACUCACAUGGAGGGCUAUUUCGAGACCGAGACCCUACAGGUAUAAACGGUACUCGAGUAAACAUCGCAUGGCCUUCUGUUGAACUCGAUGGGGAGUUUUUAAUCGUGCCUACCGAUCCAUGGCUUAAGGCUGUCGCUAAAUCACCUCUCUUGAAACGCGCUUGGGUUUUCCAGGAACGUCUUUUAUCACAUGGAACUGUCUACUUUGCCCACGAUAUGCUAUACUGGGAAUGUGGUGAGCUCUAUGCAUCAGAACUCUAUCCCGAAGGGGGGCCGUGGGAUUUACAGUACAGAUAUAAAGAGAUCAAUGCUUCUAAUAGGCUGCCCCCGGGUGUGCAGGCUGCAGGAGAUUAUCGGUUCAAACACAUUUACACUGAUAUUCUUACGAAGAAAUUGGGCCAGUACAGACCUGCAACAGAUCAAGAGAUGUUUCUCUACGUCUGGGCUUCUGUUGUGGCACAAUACAGCGCUGGAAAACUCACAAAUGAAACCGACAGACUUAUCGCUAUUGACGGUGUAGCAGAGCAGAUGACGUGUAUCGUUCCAAGAAAACAUUAUCUUAAUGGUGUUUGGGGCCAAGAAAGCCUUCUGCAUUUGUUACUUUGGCAAAUAAGUUGGCCUGAAGAUACACCACCAAGCAUUAAAGUCGCACCGAGCUGGUCUUGGGCCUCUGUCAACGCACCAGUGGAGUUUUUCUUUUUAUUUCGCGCCCAGACCGAACCUAAGUUAGUUGCGCAAGUUGUCAAUACUGUCAUACCGGAGGAGGCGAAGUCGAACACUCUGACAAACCCCCCCUUCACUUCCUUGGUCCUACGUGGUCCUUUGACAGAGGUACGAUUUCGACAGGCUUCACGCAAUUUUCUAGGGCCAUUGCACUGGUGGUGGUGGCGCCAGGGUUCAAUGUCGCAACGAUGGACCACCAUCAAGCCGAUCAACUUCAAACCAAUGCUUGUCUUUAUGAGAAAGGGUCUGAAAGCAGACCACCCGUGUAUCAUUUUGUUGGAUAGGGAACUGCCAAAGAACACGCGAGUAUUCGCUCUGAAGAUUGCAGAAGCAGAUGUUAAAUCGGAUGGGGUGGUCACGAUGAAGGACGAGGACGAGGAACAUUUAUCAGGGUUGGAAUUUUUGAGAUUGGAGACCAGAUUGAGGGAAGGAAUAUGGAGCGACUUGGGGAUAGACGAAGGAUUCUACAGGAGCAAAGAUCAAGAUGACUUUGAAGGGAUGAACGGGUGCGAUCUUCGAGAUCGUAACACGGCACUGUCGCUGGCUGGUCUCUAG